UGCAAGUCAUCUUUGCCAUUACUGAUCAAGAGCACUUGGAAACUUUGACUUAUUCCUACAAAACAGGGAACAUAAGAAGUGAAGUUUGGUUAAUUAGUUGGAGCAAGAUGACGACUGCUACCACUGAUGCUACUGAUUCAACAUUGGAGAUGGUUAAACACGUGAUCGAUGUUGAAGACCUUGAAGAAGAAUUGACUCCAAUAUCUGAUGUGUGCAUGAUCUACACAGUUCCUUCCAAACUUAGGAAGAUGGAUGAAGAAGCUUUCACCCCUCAGUGGAUCUCAAUAGGACCCAUUCACUUCGACAAAGAAGAGCUGAAGGGAAUGCAAAAGCUAAAGUACAGGUACUUGCUGCACUUCUGGAAGCGUGUCUCAAACGACGAAGCCAUGAAGAAAUACAAAUGUUUCCUCGAAAGUCAAGUACAAACAAUAAGGCAGAGUUAUGCACAGAAGUUCCCAGAGAUAAGCAAUGAGAAAUUUGUGGAAAUAGUGCUGCUAGAUGCUGUGUUCAUCGUAGAGCACUUUCUGAGUGAGUGGGAAUUUGAACAUCGAUGUAUGUUAACCAAUCAUAUUACAAAAGGUAUCCAGAGGGACUUGCUGCUUCUUGAGAAUCAGCUUCCAUUGUAUGUGUUGGAGGAACUCUAUCAUAAAGUUGCAACUCCUUGUAAAGAUUUUCAUGAACUUACCCACCAUUAUUUUGGAUCUCUUUAUCUGUAUGCGGAAUAUUCAAAAAGGGACAAUAAGGCAGCUCAUCAUUUUGUUGAUUUUGUUAGGAGGUGUUGUCUUCCGGAAUGGAGCUUAGAAUUGUUUAUAAAGCAAGAAAAUUUGCAAGUGAGCGCAAGCAAGUUGUAUGAGGCUGGGGUAAGCUUUGAGUGCGUUGGUGAUAGAAGACUGAUUGACAUAACAUUCAAGAUGAAGAAGCCAUUCAAUGGCUACUUACUCUGCUUGGGUUGCUUGCCAUCAUGGUUCAAGAGUUUCAAAGCUCUAUUGAUGUUCCCACGGUUGAAAGUUGAUAAGGGAACAAUAUGUGUUCUCAAGAACUUAAUGGCUUUUGAGCAGGACCAUUAUUCGGAUGAACCUUUCAUCACCAACUAUGUGUCUCUGUUGGACUCUCUCAUUCACACCAAAGAAGAUGUAGAGUUGUUGGUGGAAAAAGGAUGCAUUUUUCGAGAACAGGUGAGUAAUAAGGAAGUGGUGAAUCUGGUGAAGAGUCUUUCCAAACAUGUGGUUUCCAGUAAGACGUGCUACUAUAAAGUCAUAAGAGAACUCACACUCCACAACCAGAGUGGCUGGAAAAAGACCAUGGGGACAGUUAGGAGGGUGUACUUUCGUGACACUUGGAGAGGCAGUUCCACCAUUAUCGGCAUUUUUGUUCUCAUCUUCACCAUCGUUAGUUUCUAUCGCAAUAUUCAUGCUUUAAUUUCUAAAUAAAACUAACUGAGCUCCCUUUUAAUUUCUUUUUUCAGAACAAAAAUAUACACAUAUAUUGAGACACAAAUAAAAUGUCUUUGUUCUGUGUUUUA